AUGACAACCUCGACUUUCCUUCUCUCCCGACACGUCAAAGCCAUCGCCGCGCCAUCUCUACGACCAUCUCACACUCUUGCGUGGAGAUCCGUCGGGAAUCGCACGCAAUGGCGCAAUGCGAGAGCCUUCACGAGCUCGUCUCGACGCGCUCUUGCCGUAGCCGAGAUGACUGAAGAGCAUUUUGCUGCUCUACGCGUCAAGCAGGACAGGCUGAUGAACGACAUUCACUCCACCUCUGAAUGGGGCAAGGGCGAACCAUGGGGCAGUGGCAAGACAGAGAUUGGCAUGGCGCGUCUAUCACUGUCCGACGCGGACAAGCAGGCCCGUGACUGGUUUACAGAGACGACUCAGGCUAUGGGCUGUACUGUCACGGUCGAUGCCAUGGGGAACCAGUUUGCUGUACGCAAGGGCCUGAAAGACGGCUUGCCUACGUAUGCUGGUUCCCAUCUAGACACACAGCCAUCCGGCGGCCGCUAUGAUGGUAUCCUCGGCGUUUGUGCUGGUGURGAGAUGCUCAAGACCUUGCAUGAACAUCAGAUUGAAACCACUUAUCCUGUAGGCGUAGUGAACUGGACUAACGAAGAGGGAGCUCGCUUUCCAAUGUCCAUGGUCUCAUCAGGUGUCUGGGCUGAGUCUAUUCCUCUCGAGAAAGCCCACAAUCUGAAAUCCGUAAUUCCCGCCAACGAUACUGCUACCAUGAAAUCCGAGCUGGAGCGCAUUGGGUAUCUUGGCUCCACUCCGGCGAGCUACAAAAGCAUGCCGAUGGCCGCACAUUUUGAGCUCCAUAUCGAACAGGGUCCGAUUCUCGAAGCUGAGAACCGCCGUAUCGGUGUGGUGAAGGGCGUUCAGGCCUACAAAUGGUUCACGCUGACUGUUAGCGGGCGUGAUGCGCAUACGGGCGCGACAAGCUUUCAGCAUCGUGCCGAUGCUCUGCUCACAGCUUCGAAGAUGAUUCUGGCCAGUCAUCGCAUCGCGCACCGCCACAAGGCGCUGGCAAGCACUGGCAUUCUCACCUUGAAGCCAGGCUCCACAAAUACAGUCCCCGGUCAUGUUCAGUUCAGCCUGGACAUUCGCUCCCCUCGCAACGAGACCGUCGACGAAGUCGAAGCUGAAUGCAAACGCGCCUUUGAGCAGAUUGCCGAAGGAUCGGAUGCCGAAGGUGUCAACACUGGUUGUGCAAUCAGCGAACGCUCUUGCUCGGUGGAAUGGCGGACCGAUUUCAUCUCACCUGCCACAUACUUCCACGAAGACUGUAUAAAAUGUGUUCACGACGCCGGGAAAGAUCUUUGCGGCGAAGCUACCGUCAAAGGUCUUGACAUUGGGAACUGGGGCAAGUUCAUGACUAGCGGUGCGGGUCACGAUAGUGUGUACGCCAGCAAGCAUUGUCCGACAUGCAUGAUCUUUGUGCCUUGUCGAGAUGGUGUCAGCCAUAACCCGGCGGAAUACUCGAGUCCUGAGGCUUGUGCCGAUGGAACCAAUGUUUUGCUUGGUGCAGUGCUGCGAUUUGAUAAAUUGAGAUCGCAGAGGGGAAGUAGCUAG